AUGGCAGACCCUCUACCCACCAGCUCUGCUGAACCUCUUUUGCUCACGCCCCAGCAAAAGCUGAUGAUCCGGAAUUUGAACGCGGCGAUACCGAAUGCGGAGAGGGUGGUGGCGUGGUUCCCGUGGGUCUUUAAUGCACAUGCUAUGCUCAUUUGCAGGACGGUGUCGCGCUUCCCGUGGCAAGAAGAUGGGAGGGGAGCUGUCAGGGCAUGGACAAAGUUUGUUUUCCAGGCGGGAGAGACAGAGUGUCAUGCGAGGGGGACGGGGGCUGUCGCUCAUGGGAGCACAUGA